AUGCAUGCUGUCUCGAGAAUCGAGUUCAGCGGAACCGUCGCCACCGGGGUUGAAUGCAUCUCACGCACAAGUGACGAGACUGGUUCCGUCAAAGCGCGCAAAGAAGUCAUCCUCGCCGCCGACAUUGACGUCCUCGUCGACCUUCCCGUCGGCUACAACCUGCAGGAUCACCCUACGCUGUACUUUAUCUGGAACUGUUCGCGAACCCAAGAACCCCUCGAAUUCGGACAAGCUAACAGCACCACCACAGACGCAAACGACGCCCCUCCGUUGGUGCCGGCGACGCAUACAAGUUCGACGGUUGAUGCGGUGGCGGAGAAGGCGAGCUGCGGAUUCGAUCAAGGAGACUUGUAG